GCGUAAGUUACGGAGUACGUAACCCUUGAAACCCCGAAUAAGCCAAGACUUUAAUCACAAGCAGAGCCAGGAACCGUGAUUUCCUUGCCUACAACUACCUAACCUAAUCUGUUUUCUAAUUUUUACAAACUUUCGAAAGCUUCGAAAGUUGUUGUUGGCCUCGAGCCACGUUUUUUAAUCCCCUACUCAAUCGAUAACUAACAAACAAUAUUGGGAAACUCAUGGGACGGCCUAAUUAAUUACACACGUCCUUUUCCUUAUCCCGCCCUCGGGGUUUUCCUCUGACAUCUCCAACACCUAUCAAUUGCUUAUCCGAGAUUUCCCGCAUGCCUGGCCUUUGAAGUUCAAUUGAUCUUCUUCACGGGCUCUUGUAGUCUUACCGCACCUCCCGUCGCACGCGAUAUUCCCCCUGAAACGAGCUAAGAUGGCCAACCGCAAGAUGCUCUCUUUUAAGAGAGCUAUUAUUUUCGCAGCUUUCCUCCUAACAGCAUUCAUACUCCUUAGACGGUCGCAUACGAACGCUAGCGAACCCGAACCAUUUCGCAAGCCUCCCCCGAAGCCAGCAGAUGCAAGUAGUGAACAUACCGGAGCGAAACAUGACCCAUCCACGACCUCCUAUACUAAGGAAGCGGACUCGGCUGCGAAAGAACCAGCUGUCCCUGCUCAAAAGGCCAUUCAGGACAUGACAAAGAUGUCCCUGUACGACAAGCUAGCAUAUCAAUAUCCUUACGAUGUCGAGACCAAGUUCCCUGCCUACAUUUGGCAGACAUGGAAAUAUACACCGGCGAGUGGAGAAUUCAACUUCCGAGACGAAGAAGCGUCGUGGACUAUGCAACACCCCGGAUUCGUUCACGAAGUUAUUACUGACCAAGUCGCCGUCCAUCUACUAAAGUUGCUCUACGCCCCCAUUCCCGAAGUUCUCGAAGCGUACAACGCCCUACCCGAACCCGUUCUAAAGGCCGAUUUCUUCCGCUACCUGAUCUUACUCGCUCGUGGUGGAAUUUACUCCGAUAUAGACACGUUUGCAAUCAGAAGUGCUUUGGAUUGGAUACCAGAUUCCGUGCCUAAAGAAAGCAUCGGAUUGGUUAUCGGUAUUGAGGCAGAUCCCGAUCGACCCGACUGGGAGGAUUGGUACAGCCGACGCAUCCAAUUCUGUCAAUGGACCAUCCAGGCAAAACCAGGCCAUCCUGUACUACGCGACAUUGUUUCGCGAAUUACUCGAGAGACACUAAAACGUAAGCGCGAAGGAGGUCCGUUCGUGUCAAAGAGCAAGAGUGUCGUAGAGUUUACCGGUCCCGCUGUCUGGACAGACACUAUUUUCGACUACUUUAAUGAUGCACGGUAUUUCGACACGGCUCAUAGCCAAGGCAACAUCUCGUACCUAAACUUCACGGGAAUAGUGAAACCGAAAAAGGUCGGCGAUGUUGUAGUGCUUCCAAUUACUAGCUUCUCGCCCGGUGUCCAGCAGAUGGGAGCAGGUGAUUAUGACGACCCAAUGGCCUUUGUUAAGCACGAUUUUGAAGGCACCUGGAAACCCGAAAGCGAACGACACAUUGGCGAAAACUAGAAGCCUAAUUGCAUCUUAAUUACCCUAGAUUAUGUUCGGGACACCGCCGCUGCCUCAUCGCCCUACGGAGAGCCACUCUUCAAUUCCAAAACCUGUUUCAAUCAGC